CUUUCUUUGUUCCCUCGCUUGUCCUCUUUACUUGCACUUUCACUGCCAUUUUUUCUGCCAACACUCAAAAAUAUUCUGUGCCAGACCUUUAUAUACAACCCAAAAACACAUAUAAAACUUGUUAAUUUUCUUCAGUAAAUUUAUUUGUCAACAAAAGAUCAAUGUCAGCUUGCAAAGACCAAGAUCCCCGUAUCCAUGCUAUACAAUCAAGAAUUCGCGUUGUCCCUAAUUUCCCUAAACCAGGGAUAAUGUUCCAAGACAUAACUACUCUAUUACUGGAUCCAAAAGCAUUCAAAGACACAAUUGAUUUAUUUGUGGAGCGCUACAAAGACAAAAACAUCUCAGUGGUUGCUGGAAUAGAAGCUCGAGGAUUUAUAUUUGGUCCACCAAUUGCUUUGGCGAUAGGGGCAAAAUUUGUCCCUUUGAGAAAACCAAAGAAAUUGCCAGGUGAAGUUUUUAAACAAGAGUAUGACUUGGAAUACGGAAGUGAUUGUCUUGAGAUGCAUAUUGGAGCAGUAGAAGCCGGUGAGCGUGCUUUGGUGGUUGAUGAUCUGAUUGCUACUGGCGGCACUCUUCGUGCAGCUAUGAAUUUACUUGAGCGUGCUGGAGCGGAAGUGGUUGAAUGUGCGUGUGUGAUUGGAAUACCGGAUUUAAAGGGUAAGGAGCAGUUGAAUGGCAAGCCAUUGUAUGUGCUGGUGGAGUCUCGGUAGUAUCUGCAGGCGAAUAAUCUUUCAUUGGCAAGACAAGCUGUACAUUAGAGGGCGCUAUUAUUGGCCAACUUGUCCACAUAUCUUUUUACAUUCUUGAUUUCUGUGAGUAGUGAGUUUUUAAAAUGCCUUUGAUCAUUUGGAAAACUCAGUUCAUAAGCUAAAGUAAAGAAAAAUUCUGCCGAAUGAAA